AUGGAAUCCUACCGUGCUCAUUCCCUGUUCCAGCCCUCUGACCUGGCGCGUGCUAUACGGCAGACCAUGGACCCUACCAAGCCUUACUCCUAUCUGUACGGCUCAAUCAUGGCCUUUCCCCACACCAUGGUAGCUCGAACCAUCGCUGUCACAGGCAUGGACUUUGUCAUGGUCGAUGCGCUGCAUACUCCGAUUGAUGCCGAGAACCUAGUGCGCAUCAUCCAUACAAUCAACUUCUGUAGCGAAGGCAAAACUGUCGCCGUUGUACGCGUGCCUUCGGCGCAUUCAGAUCUCCUGACACAUGCCUUAGAUGCAGCCCUUGGCAUCAGCCAAACUAACAAAUGUCUGUUUGCAUGCGCUGCCGGAAUAGUUUUUCCACACAUUGAUACGCCUGAAGAAGCAGCCGAGGCCGUGUCCAAGUGUAGAUAUGCUGGCUCUGGAGGUGACAGGUCACUGUCUCCAUGCGCCUUGAUCCAAGGCAUCACAGAUAUAGCGCCGCCAGGAUCAUCACAUGAUCGCGUAGCCGAUGCACACAUUGCUGUCAUCUGUCAGAUUGAAAGCCAGUUGGCCCUUGACAACGCCGAUGCUAUCGCCGCUACACCAGGCGUCGACAGUCUAAUGCUGGGGCCAGGUGACUUGCGUCUCUCAUUAGGUCUUCCCGCUCGCAAGUUCGGUGAGCGCGACGACCCAAAGUUCUUAGGAGCCAUCGAUCACCUUAUUGCCGUGCGAAACCGACACCGUAAGCCGCUUAUGACAGUGAUAUUCAAAGUCUCGGCCGAGGAGGACACUUGGGUCAAGGAUUUCAAUCUCUUGUUAACCACAGCCGACUUCAUCAAUGUCGUCAGGGGGCAUCAGAAUGAUUUGGUACAGGCGAAGACCAUGGUCGCUAACAUGGUAGAGAGUUAUGGGUCAGGAAAGGAGUCGAACGAAAAUAACCUCAAUGGGAAUAAGCUGAAUGGGCACAAAAUGUAUGAGCACAGGUCAAACGGAAAAGUAUUGAACGGUAAUGACGCUGUUGCUAAUGGAGGAGGACGAAACGGGCACUAGAUUAGAC